AAUUGAAUCACACAUUUGACAUUGACAGAAUCAAAAUUCGGAUGAAACUGGGAAUAAUGCGUUAAAUUGAGAAGAAACUGGUUUAGAUUGGAAAUUGGAAAUUUAGUUGUGUAAUUCCCUCACGUGGAGGAGAUGAAGUUGCUCAAGCCGCCCUGGGUCAACCACGAUGGAAAGCCCAUCUUCGGGAUUGACAUUCAUCCAGAUGGCACCAGAUUCGCUACAGGAGGGCAAGGUGAUGAUUCAGGACGGGUCAUCAUUUGGAACAUGGCUCCUGUCAUUAAUGAGAAGGAUGAGCAGGACGAGAAUGUUCCGAAGCUGCUAUGUCAGAUGGACAAUCAUCUUGCCUGUGUGAACUGUGUGCGUUGGUCUAACAACGGUCACUACCUAGCCUCUGGAGGAGACGACCGUCUUCUCAUGAUCUGGAAAAUGAUGGGGACUGGAACAUCGGCUGUGUUUGGUUCUAGCGUGAGUAACGUAGAGCAGUGGAAGUGUUCACAUGUACUCAGACAUCACACAGGGGAUGUAUUAGAUGUUGCUUGGUCUCCUUCUGACCUGUGGUUAGCCUCCUGUAGUAUUGAUAAUACCGUCAUUAUCUGGAAUGCUGUCAAGUUCCCUGAAAUGAUAACGGUGUUAAAAGGUCAUUCUGGUCUAGUGAAAGGAGUCUCAUGGGACCCCAUUGGAAAAUAUGUUGCAUCUCAGUCUGAUGACAAGAGUGUAAGGAUUUGGAGGACGUCAGACUGGAAGGAAGAAACUGCAGUAUUCAAACCAUUCACCGAGUGCGGUGGUACAACCCAUGUGCUACGUCUGUGUUGGUCACCCGAUGGUUUCUACCUUGUAUCCGCCCAUGCCAUGAAUAACCGUGGACCCACUGCUCAGAUCAUAGAGAGGGAAGGCUGGGAACCUACCAUGGACUUUGUAGGGCAUCGCAAGGCAGUCACAUGUGUGCGAUUCCACAACAGUAUCUUCACCAAACCGUCCAAGAAGAGUACCAUUAAGGCUCAUAAUUACAGUAUCUGUGCUAUUGGUAGCAGAGAUAGAGCCAUAUCUAUAUGGAUGACGUCACUAAAGCGCCCCUUAGUUGUCAUCCACGAUCUGUUCUCCAAUUCUGUCAUGGAUGUUUCAUGGAGUCUAUCUGGAGGAGAUCUCCUGGCUUGUUCCUGGGACGGCACCGUGUCCUACUGUCAGUUUGAUAUGGAAGAGAUAGGACGGCAACUCACUCUUGAAGAAAGGAACAAGAUCCACGAGGGUCUGUAUGGAAAGCGUGUGUUGUCCAAGAGCCUUGCGUCCAACACCAUCAUCGAGAAUCCUGCCAUGCUACAGCUGAUGCAGCAGCAGCAGAAGCAGAAAGAAGAGGAACAGGAGACUGCCAAACAGAUGGUGGUCUCCGCCCCUACCAAGAGGAAUCUUCCAGCUAACAGCGUGAUGGAGGGGCAGCCGAUUGAUGUAAAGAGAAGGCAGAUAGAGACGAGAACCAAGGAUGGAAGAAGAAGAAUAACGCCAAUCUUCAUUGCUCCUCAACAAUGCCCAGUGGGUCCACCUGCUCCGUUCACAGUGACCUCAAACUCUGCCUUCACAGUAACAGUGAGCGGAACCAAGGAUGAGUCUAGCACAGCUUUCAAGGAGAACAGCGACAAGACCCAGACUAUCAAACAAGAGGCUCUAGAGAAGGACCAGGAACAGAUGGAAAGUACAGGGACAGACAAAAAGGCACCAUCUGCACUAGACUCUAGGUUUACAGAGAGAGCCAAAACCCCAGCAACAACUCCUACAACUGCCAGAACCGAUGUCUCCUCAAGCUUCUCAAAAGAGAUGCAGUUCACAACGCCGGUAACUGUCCACGUUCCGCGAAGGAAAGAGGCAGAACCAACCCCAGCUCAGGGCCUUAUUCCCAGCACUGCUGCAUCUACAGCAGCCCCAGCCUCCGCUCCACCGGUGGUCAAACGAAGCAGAGGAAGGCCCCCUGGGUCAGGGAGAGCAGCUGUGCUGGCUGCGGCAGCUGCGUCAGCUGCUGCCGCCGCCGCUGCAGCUCGGGCUACACCCCCUGGUCCACAGGGUGCACCUGAGAGGGACACAUCCCGAUUGACCGGCAGACGAAGCUUACAGCUACCCACACCGUCAGCCAAUAAGACCAUCAGUACUCAGGUCAUAGGCAAGCAGGCUGCUGGAGAGGGCAAGGUCACCAUAGAGGUCGAUAAUGAGGUCACCGCUGGCAGGCUGACCAUUCAGAAGCUUCGAUGCAUCAAAUCUGGUCAAACUGUUUGGGAGACCAUCCUAACCUGCAAGGCUCUUUCACUGGUUGCUAACAGUAAUUUCAUCUGUGUCAACUGUGAAGACAAGACCUUAGGUGUGUAUUCACCCUCAGGACGUCGUCUGCUGCCCUCGUUAGUCCUCCCAUCCGUCGGUAGCAGUAUUAAAAUCAAAGGGUACCACAUAAUGGCUAUUAGUACCUGUGGCAAGCUGUUUGUAUGGGAUGUAAGGAAACAGCAAGCAGUGGUGAACAAAGUUUCUCUGGAGACUAUUAUAGAGCCGGGUAUCUCUAUCUCCAAGUCGUUACUGACGGACCAAGGUGUACCUGUGAUUGGUCUGUCGAAUGGAAAGUCUUUUAUGUAUAGCAACCCAAUGUGCUGCUGGUUAUUAAUUGAUCAUAAGGAGGAUAUAUUAAGAUUGACAUCAGACCAUCAGCCAUGUCAACCAGCUCAAACUCCAUCUCAUUCAGGAGGUCCUCUCUCACAUGUACAGGGUGCACAACAAAGACUUAGCAGCCAGACGAGAAGUAUGUUCCCUGGCAACCAUAACCUCCAGCAAGCCGCCACCCUGACUCACCUCGAGAAUCAAGUAUCUGCUGCCCUCGCUCUCCAGUCUGCCAAGGAGUAUCGCUUCUGGGUUCUCACCUAUGCUAGGUAUCUUGUACAGGAAGAGGGUGAAGGUAGACUGAGGGAGCUGUGUAAUGAUCUCCUUGGACCAUUCUAUCAAGGAGACCAGGAGGAAGGAGGUUGGCAGUCAAGCAUUCUGGGUAUCUCCAAGCGAGGGCUUCUGAGGGACAUCCUUCCUAUCCUAGGGUCUAACCUCAAGCUUCAGAGACUCUACUCCGAGUACGAAGACCAGCUAGAGAUGGCCCCUAGGUGAUAGUAGAGGGCGCCUGUCAUCAUGCAGUGAUCCCGAGAUCAGGUUCCUGUUUCAUAAAACUAGAUUUCAAUAACAAGUUACAAGCUACUAUUAUAAGCUACUGAAAUCAUGGCAUCUGAUUGGCUGAGAGCAAAUUUGUCAUAGAAAUUUAGCAUUUGUUAUAGAUAACAAGUUUUAUGAAACGGGUCCCAGACUCGAACUCUGUAACUAUUGGAUAUGCAUCAAAGUCAUAGACAGCCAAUUGUUUGGAUUGUAUGAUGUAUAUACAAUGUACAUGUUAUAGAUUGUAGACUGUUGCAUACCACUGUGUGUUCCAUUAGUGAACCGAAGCGAGUAAAGGGUUAAAGGCAUAGGAAACGCAUUGACACACACAUACAUCCAUACACCCCCACUCCUAAGUUAUUUUGUAAGGGUGUGUGUGUGUGUGGAAAGGAAAGAAUUGUUGGCUGCUCUCACUAUGAACAUGACUGACAAAGAAAGCGGACAAAAUAUACAAUUCCUCAGGUAGACAAGGGA